GGCCGCGCGGACCGCCCAGGCUGUGCGUGAGGACAGAACUGCAGGUACGAGGAUGAGAGUCUCUCAUCUGCUCCAGCGCGUCCACGGCGCUCCGUGUCAUGCGUAGCGGGGGUUUCAGGGACUCACAUCAGCUCCAGACGGAUCCCUCUUACAAAAAACACGGAGGACUGGGGGGGCUGACGGCAAUAAUCCUUCCCAUUCAGCAUUUCACAAUCUGGAUUUUUAUUUAAUUGUCUGCCUCGCGUCUCAGUGUCAUAAUGGACAGGCUGCACUCCUCCAUGCGUAAAAGGCUCUAUAGUUUGCCACAGCACAUUGGCCAGAAAGCGUCCAUCAUGGGGGAAGGAGAAGACGCAGACAAGGACACCCGGAGGAAGAGCAUCAGGAUGAAGCCUCUGCCGUCGCCGACCUCUGGGGGAAGCUGCAAAGGCAUAAGUGGGGAGUCUGGGAUCAUGGAGACGGACAUAGGGAGACCGAUGAAAACCAGCUCCAAUGGAGAUUGCCGGAGAUUUCGAGGCAGCCUCUCGUCCAUCACGAGUCGGCACAUGCACGACUCGGACUCGGCCGAGGAGAGACGCCUGAUCACCGAGGGGGACGUCACCCCGAGCGAGGAGAGCCCCCCCGGGGCUGAAGAGAGCCCCCCCGGAGCUGAAGAGAGCCCCCCCGGGGCCGGAGCAGGAGCGGACCAGGGCGCGCAGGGCGCCAGCGGCGGCGCCCCGGCGCACCAGUCCUCGGACCAGCAGUCCGCCUUCAUAAAGUUGGAUGGGAUUGAUCAAAUUCUGCCGGACGACGAGAGAUUAUACCAAGCAGGGUUCAUCCACAGGCAGCUGGGAGCUAUGCUUCAACCGGGGGUCAACAAGUUCUCCCUGAGGAUGUUUGGGAGUGAGAAGGCUGUUGAACGGGAACAGGAGAGAGUUAAAUCUGCUGGGUUCUGGAUUAUUCACCCCUACAGUGACUUCAGGUUUUACUGGGAUUUGACCAUGCUGCUGCUGAUGGUUGGCAACCUCAUCAUCAUUCCCGUGGGCAUCACGUUCUUCAAGGACGAGCACACCCCUCCGUGGAUUGUGUUCAAUGUGGUUUCCGACACAUUCUUCCUCAUGGACCUGGUCCUGAACUUCAGGACUGGUAUAGUCAAGGAGGACAACACAGAGAUCAUUCUGGAUCCACAGCAGAUCAAGAUCAAAUACUUACGGAGCUGGUUUAUCGUGGACUUCAUAUCCUCCAUCCCCGUGGACUACAUCUUCCUCAUCGUGGAGACACGCAUUGACUCGGAUUUCUACAAGACGGCACGGGCCUUGCGGAUUGUCCGCUUCACAAAGAUCCUCAGUUUGCUGCGACUCCUGCGCCUCUCCAGACUCAUUCGCUAUAUCCACCAGUGGGAAGAGAUCUUCCACAUGACCUACGACCUAGCCAGCGCCAUGGUGCGGAUAGUCAAUCUGAUCGGCAUGAUGCUGUUGCUGUGUCACUGGGAUGGCUGCCUGCAGUUCCUGGUGCCCAUGCUGCAAGACUUCCCCGCCGACUGCUGGGUGUCCAAAAAUAAGAUGGUGAAUGACACAUGGGGACAGCAGUACUCCUACGCACUCUUCAAAGCUAUGAGCCACAUGUUAUGUAUCGGGUAUGGCAUGUACCCCCCGGUGGGCAUGACAGAUGUGUGGCUGACCAUCCUCAGCAUGAUAGUGGGCGCUACCUGCUAUGCGAUGUUUGUGGGCCACGCCACCGCUUUAAUCCAAUCUCUGGACUCAUCUCGGCGGCAGUACCAGGAAAAGUACAAACAGGUGGAACAGUACAUGUCCUUCCACAAGCUGCCUGCAGACAUGAGGCAGAGAAUCCACGAUUACUACGAGCACCGCUACCAGGGCAAGAUGUUCGAUGAAGAGAGCAUCCUGGGAGAGCUGAAUGAGCCAUUACGAGAGGAAAUCAUCAACUUUAACUGUCGAAAGCUGGUGGCUUCAAUGCCUCUAUUUGCCAAUGCAGACCCCAACUUUGUCACCUCCAUGCUCACCAAGUUGAAGUUUGAGGUGUUCCAGCCCGGGGACUACAUCAUCCGGGAGGGCACGAUCGGCAAGAAAAUGUACUUCAUACAACACGGGGUUGUCAGCGUCCUGACCAAAGGCAACAAAGAGACCAAGCUUUCAGACGGCUCCUACUUUGGGGAGAUUUGUUUGCUGACGCGGGGCAGAAGGACAGCCAGUGUCCGAGCCGACACAUAUUGCCGUCUGUAUUCAUUGUCCGUCGACAACUUCAAUGAGGUACUCGAGGAGUACCCCAUGAUGAGAAGGGCAUUUGAGACUGUUGCUCUGGAUCGCCUGGACCGUAUAGGCAAGAAAAACUCCAUCCUGCAGCACAAGGUACAACAUGACCUCAGCUCCGGUGCUCUCAACUACCAGGAAAAUGAGAUCAUCCAGCAGAUUGUGCAGCACGACAGAGAUAUGGCUACCUGUGCCCACCUCAUGCAGAAUGCUCCACCGCAGUCGCCUCCCUCCCCUACCCCUGUCAUCUGGGCCCCCUUAAUCCAGGCUCCUCUUCAAGCUGCAGCGGCCACCACCUCAGUUGCUAUCGCGCUGACACACCAUCCUCAUCUCCCAUCAACGCUCUUCAGACCUCCAGUGUCCGUGCUUGGGUCCCUGAAGGAUCCACCAAGCCGACUUAAGAAGUUCCAGUCAUUUCUUCCUUCAGCCACAGCACCUGACUCUGCUGGGGACUCCCCCUCUAGCACACCCUCUAAGCUGGGCACAGGGGUGGACAUGCCAUUGCUGGCCUCUUUUCGGGCCCGCCAGACGACGUCAGGUUCUGGGAUAACUGGCUCUUCCCAACAUGCCUCAGGUAGUGUAGACCAGCGGGGACCUAAUGGGUCUGGAUCUAGUGAAUUAGGGGCCUUUGUCUUCCCUUUUGGUCCAUAUCCAUCUUCUGAUUCACCGCCAUCUAGUAUGGCCCAGCUACACCCACAACCACAACGUCAGCAAUCUUUUCGGUCCAACAGCCCACCUCUUUCAAACCUCUUCCAUCAAAGAUCUACAAGUGGUAGCACAGGAUCAGGACUUAGUGGAGGGGCAGUUGGAGCAUGUGGCGGUGCUACAGGAUGGUCUACAGCUGGAGCGGUUGGAGGUUCUGUUGAAGGAGCCACUGGAGGGGAUACUGCCUGGGAGGACUUUACAAUUGGGGUAACAGACAUCACUCCUGGGGAACAUUUUGGCUUAAAAACAGCCACUGAUAGAUCAGUAUGUGGGAUUCUAGGAGAAACAGUUGGAGGACAAUCAGAAGGAUCGAUGGGUCCUGCUUGUGGCAGGUUCACGGGUGGGACAUCAGGUGGGUCAAUAACGGGUGUUUCCUGUUGCUCAAUACAAGAUAAAGCAAGGAGAUCAAUAGGAGGAACUAUUAGAGGAUCAAUUGGAAGAGCUUCUGGAGGAUCAGUGGGUGGGAUUCUUGGAGAAUCACCAGUGGUGACAACAAGUAGUGGGGGAUCAUUAGGGAGGAUCAGGGAUGGAUCAUUCAGAGUUGUUUCCAGUGAAACCUCAAGAGGGGCACUUGGAGGAGUUUGUGGUGAUUUGGCUGUAGGUAAUCCUGGAGGAUUGCUAGGAAGAGCUUCUGGCGUAGCAACAACUAGCAAUAUAGCAGGAGGUUCAAUUGAGCCAGGGGGAGGAGUCCCCGGAGGACGUACAGGCAGGGGCGUAGGACGUGUAGUAGGAAGCCAAGGAGAAGGAACUACAGCUUGCUCUGUUGGAGCCUCUGGUGGAAUUACAACUGGAUUCAUGAGUUCUUCUCGAUGUCAGAGUCCUACAAUUAGUGGCUCUUCCAUGCCAUUUUCUGAUCAGCUUCUCCAUACUCAGACACUUCCCAAACCUCCUCAAGUGGCUCCUCUCCAGCAGUUUGCUGGAGGGGGCAGGACUAACAGUGGCAUAAACCUUUUCCAACCUACCCUUCAAAGUUCCCCAUCAUGCACGAAAGGACAACAUGGUCAACAGCCUGCUGAAGGUUCCCCAUCUUCCCUGAGCCAUGUUAACCUGACAGGCCUCCAGUCUGGAUGUUGGCCUCAUCAGAUAUCAUUAGAGAGGUCUGCACUGGCUUCCCUCGCCCAGUACGGUUCAGCAAACGCCUCUCCCUGCCUUACCCCAGUGGCCCCAAGUCCCACUAUUCAAAGUCCAGUGACAGGCAGGACUUUCCACUACAGUGACCCUUCAAGUGCCACAGGAUCCCAUAGUUCUUUGCUGAUGCCUCAGUCCCCCCACCUUUCACAGCUUCCCAGCCAGCAACAUACAGCAGGGAGAGAUUCUCCUCUGGGUUGCUUUUCCGAGGACCUAAAGUUUUUAUCCAGCUCGCACCCAUCUCUACCCCAGGAGGUGGCCCAGGCCUUUGGCCACCAAACUCCUCGCUCCUCUGUGGAAUAUUACCCGUCACCCUUUUCUUCACCUACUCUUGUGCCCAAACCCUGUAGCUCAAUACCGGGGCACCUAACUCCUCCGAGACAAAUGUCUCCAGGGCACCCUCACCAGACUCAAUCUCCUGGGGCCUCAUUGGCUGUGUCUUCACGGAGGGGCUCUGUGGCCCACUUGUCAGAUCUUGAACCUCAGACUGUCCGUUCGAAACUCCCUUCCAAUUUGUGAGGAUUGAUCACACCCUCCUGUGCUUUCCUGAAAUGAAAGACACAAACUAUUUCCACUUGUUUCCUUCUUUUUUGUCCUCAGACUUCAUUGUGUUCCACCUCUCAUUUUAUCAAGAUUUUAAAUUUACUGUGAUUUAAAAAGAACUCUACCAGGUAACUCAGAGCUCUAAAAUAGUAUUUGUUAUAUGCGUUGUCCUUUUUUAUUCAACAUACUGUAUAUAAAUAGAGAUAUAUUUAAAUUAUAAGUUAAUCAAAGGGGUAGGAGGGUGUGAAAUUAGCUCACUUUGAAGGACAGUCUUUUUCUUUAUUUCUAUGACUAUGCCAAAUUCAUCUGGUGAUUUUUGGGAAAUUAAUCAGUGACCUACACAAUAUCACUCUUUUUUGCAGGAACCUAUGCACUAAUACCUGCAUGUAUAAAGGUUUUUUUUGUGUGUUUUAAAAUAAUUAUCUACAUUUUUAGCAAAAACAACAUGCUUUGAG